CCAGCAUCAAAGAUGGCGGGAGCCUCCGACCCACUGGAGGACAUGCUCUUCAACGAGGUGGACGAGAAGGCGGUCAGCGACCUGGUCGGCUCCCUGGAGUCCCAGCUGGGCGACAGGAAGCCUCCCGCGGCGUCGUAUUCCGACGGGAAGCGGGACGCGGCGGCGGUCGCCGGCGGCCAGUUCUCAGGGAAAGUGCGCGGUGAUCCAGCGGGGUCCUCCGCGGAGCAGCCGCCGCAACAAGGGCAUCCGAGAGCGGGCUCGACCCUGGAGCCGGAGCCGCUCUCCGGCAAGCCCGUCCCCUCCUCUACCUCUGCCGGGGCCCCCGGGGCCGCGGGGACCGCCGGGGCCAGCCUGCAGACGGCGGGACCGACGGCUUCGCCCGUCCCCGUAACUUUGGCCACUCAGCCCGGCGGCUCCGGAGCCAGCUCCGCGGGGACCGGGGUCUCCUCUCCCGGGCUGCUGAGCCUGAACGGCGGCAACACGGGGGCUGCAAAGUUGGCCAACUCGCCCGGGGUGCCCCCCCCCGCCGGGACCGGCUCCGGCUCCGCGAUCGUCGCCUCCUCCGCGGGGUCCCAGCCCGGGUUCCCGGUGCCCCAGCCCCCGGUGGCCCUGCAGCCCAGCCCGGUGAACGGGGUGGACCCCAAGGCGGGGGGUGUGGGGGGUGGGGGUGCCCCCCCCUCCAGCUCCGCCCCUCAGGUCAUGAACCACACCAAGAUCCUGGUGCAGCCCGCCCAGCCGGGCAACCUGGGCUCCAACUCCGUGAUCCUGACCAGCACCCCCCCUGCAGCCCCCUCCCCCAUCAUCACCCAGCCCGGCACCAGCCCUGCACCCAUGGGUGCUGCCAAGCCCAUCAUGAACGGGGUCACCCAGCCCGCCGUGGCCGUGGUGAGGCAGGCGGGCCCCCCCGUGAGCGGGGCCACCUCCAUCCAGCAGCAGAGACCCGGGCUGGUGGCCAGCCUGACCCGCUCCCCGGCCCCCCAGCCCACCCUGGCCGUGCGGCCCCAGCAGCAGACCACCAUCCAGCUGCCGCCCGGCUUCACCAUCCCCCCGGGAAUGGUCCUGGUCCGGACAGAGACGGGUCAGCUGGUCAUGGUCCCGCAGCAGUUCCUGGCUCAGGCUCAGGCCAAGACGCAGCAGGGCCAGGCGGGGGUGGCCCAGAGACCCGCCACCCCCACGGCUGCCACCACCAUCCGGGUCAGCACGGCCACCACGGCGCCGGGCCCCGCUCAGACUGUUCGCCUGGCGUCCCCCACUCAGCCCCGGAUGGUCCAGUCUCCCUCCACCACUGCUGUCCAGGCCCUCACUGUGGCCCCUGGCACCACAGCAGUGUCUGUGAAGAUGACACCUCCUCAGAAGAGCCCGUCGGUGAUCACAGCAGGGGACACGCCUCUAGCCAAGCCUGCCGGCAUGCCGUCCACCCCCCUCCCCACCACCACCACCCCCCCGGCCGCCUCGCCCAUCACCAGAGUCAACGUGGUCUCACAGGAGAUGCAAGAAAACGUGAAAAAAUGCAAGAAUUUCCUUGCUACACUCAUCAAGCUGGCUUCCCACAAUUCCCCUUCCCCAGAGACCUCCAAGAAUGUGAAGGCCCUGGUGCAGGACCUGCUUGAUGCAAAGAUUGAGCCAGAAGAGUUCACCUCCCGACUGCAGGCUGAACUGAAAUCCUCUCCGCAGCCCUACCUCAUCCCCUUCCUCAAGAAAAGCCUCCCCGCCUUGCGUCAGACUCUGCUGAACAGCCAGCAGUCUCUGACCACCGCCUCGCCCGCCGUCUCUGCCGUUCCUCCGGUCCCCAGCCCCGGCUCUGCCGGCUCCCCCACCGUCAGACCGCGGCUGCCCGUCACCCCGGCAGGCAGCACCGUCCGCCUCACUACGCCCAUCGCAAACGCAUCCCUGGUACGAGCAGGAUCCACAUCUGCACAGGCCGUGGCCAGACCAGGAGUCCAGUCUGUGCAGACUCGCUCCCCCGUCGUCAUCGGUCAGCCGCUCAGACAUCAAGCUACAUUUAUACGAGGACCUGCAACCAUAAUCGGCAAAAGUCCCAUGAACCUGGCAGCUCAAGCCAAUCAGAAGAAACUGAGCGACCCGGGGGGCGGGACCUUCAGAGAUGACGACGACAUCAACGAUGUGGCGUCCAUGGCUGGCGUCAAUCUCAACGAGGAGAAUGCCCGUAUUCUAGCAACCAGCUCGGAGCUCGUUGGCACAAAGAUCCGCUCGUGUAAAGACGAGGCCUUCCUCCCCACCGACCUGCUGCACCGCCGGAUCCUAGACACAGCUAAGAAGCUUGGCGUGACCGAGGUUCAGCUGGACGUGGUCAACAUCGUCUCUCACGCCACCCAGUCCAGACUGCGUUCUCUGCUGGAGCAGGUUUCCGUCGUCGCUCAGCACCGCACAGAUGGCGGCAAAGAUGAAGAAUACUACGAGCAGACGUCUGACGUUCGUACUCAGCUCCGUUUCUUUGAGCAGCUGGAGCGAAUGGAGAAACAAAGGAAAGACGAACAAGAGCGAGAGAUACUGCUGAAGGCGGCAAAGAGUCGUGCCCGGCAAGAAGAUCCAGAGCAGGCUCGGCUCAAGCAGAAGGCCAAAGAGAUGCAGCAGCAAGAACUAGCGCAGAUGCGACAGCGAGACGCAAACCUCACGGCUCUCGCUGCAAUCGGGCCGCGCAAGAAGCGCAAACUGGACUCAGUGGGUGGAGCAGUGGCCGGCAGUGAGGUGGCCUCAGGCUCAGGUACAGGCUCAUCGCCAGCCUCCUCCUCGCGCCAGCAGCUCCGGCAGCGGAUCACUCGCGUUAACCUCAGGGACUUCAUCUUGUGUCUGGAGCAGGACCGCAGCACAGCCCGCUCUCUCACGCUCUACAAGGCCCUGCUGAAAUGAGGAGCACCCCCCCCUUUCUCCUCCUCCUGAGGGGGACGGGGUCUGUUUCCUCCCGCAGCACCUUUUACUCUGCUUUUACAGCUCUAGCGUUUACUUUGGAGGAUGAUGGCAACGAUAGUCAGUCCAGGCAUGUUAAAGGAGCCCUCACACAACUCAAACCCUGACACCCCCGCGAGGCCGAGCCCUCGGCGUAGACGGAGGGGAAGAGCCAGACCAACGGUCGCCACGGUUACUCUGGCAUGCAGAAGCUGCCGUCGCAACAUCUGCAACGCUUUGUUUUAGUGCUGAUGUUGGAUUUGAACCGUUUUGGAGUCCAAAGACAGAAUGUGACUGGUUUCACCAGCCGACUGCUCGUAGUUUACAGGUGAGGUGACAGGAAGCAAACGCAGCUUGCAGUGUCUCAAGCUCAGGCUGGAACAAUUUCAUCAGCACAAAGCUGUCAUUGUUUUUAUACUCAUUUAAAACCAUUUUUCAGUAAACGUGUUAAAAAUUGGUUCUUUUAACUCCACAGGUGCAGGUUUGUUAUUUCCCAGUCAUGUUGUUUUUUGUUGGAAGAUUCUGUUUCAUUGCUCGUGGAUCUGUAAUUAGUGCUUUAUUGUCAUAACGAUCCACAGAAACCUCUAAAAGCAGUUAAUUGAUCCUUGGUUUGUCUCUAAAUCUAAAAACUCAAAGAUGUCACAUGUAGACUAUGAAGGCUUUUUUUCCUUUAAAAGUGGCAGCAGCGCUGCCUCACCUGGACACACGGUAGGGGAGCAGGGGCGGCUAACCCUUUAACGGCAGCAGACUGCUGCGAUGAUGACGAGUGUGGACUUGUGAGGUGUGAGUUAAGGGGCUGCCAGCUCCUCUGAUACCAGUGCUGUACCUGACCAGGUGCCUUCCCAGUCCACUUCCUGCUGUUCUGUUAGUCUGCUCAGCUCUCCCGGCGGUUUACAACGUUUCCCAACAGUGUUCCGAUCCUCGGAUCGCCGCGGUAGCACACGGUGGUUUUGCCGACGGCGUCAGAAGCCACGUUUUUGUGUAAAUGACGACACACUACCGACUUUGAAGUUAAAGGGAACAGUUCAACAUUUAACUUCACGCUGAGUGUAGGAAAAUCAGGAUUAGUUUUUGAUUACUUUUAUGAGAUGCAUAUGGAAAAAUAGCGUCUACAAAAAGUGAUUAAUUCAUACCUGAAAUGAUGUCUGCAUGCAGCAGAUUCAGAACAGUUGGAUCAUUUUUAAAAUCCAAGCGACAAAUAGAAAAUUAGUUUUCAUAAUGGACUACGAAUAAUCAAAUCAUGAGUAAUAAAAAUAUUUAUUUGAAGAAACAGAAACAGUAUUUUGGUUUAGUUCAGAAAUGUAUUUUCUUCUUUUUUUAAAGUUAUAAAAAAUUGCUCACUACAUUAUGACAUUUAUUUUAGUAGUGAUUAAAAUACCAAUCAGUUGCAGUUUCAGCUUUAUUUAUAAAAACACAUUUUAAUGUUUUCAUCUUGCAGAAAUGUAUUUGCAUAUUUGAGUCUGAUCCUGAGACUCGGCAGAUGUGGUGAUGUGUGGAACUGUCCCUUUAACGCAGAAACAUUUGCUGUUUUCUUGGAGAAGAGUCUGGCUGCAGACUGUGAGGAAAGUGGAGCUCCGCUCGUGUAAAUCCUUCCCCGUCGUCGUGGAGUUGGAGCUCAGCUCUCCCCACAGUCUGCACUCAGACCCCAGUCUUGAGUUUGUGGUGGCAGGAGCUGGCUCUCCGACACGCAGGAACCACUCAGGCUACGAAGGUCCAACAUUCCUCCCGCAUCUUCAUCAUAGCUGGACUUUAGCUCAACUCAAACUAUGUGACCCUGUUGGAGGACGACAUGCAGUCAGUUCGCAGUUAUGAAGGUUUUUAAUGCUUUAACUGUUGGGUUUUUCUUUGUAUAGAAUUUAGCUUGAACUGCUGAGCUGAUGGACUAAAAACUCAGCAUCCAGAUCAAGUCCCAUCUGUUGGAAGGACUGGAUUUAUGCGACUAUUUAUAUUUCUUACAUUCUGUAUAAGGGCCUGAUGCAUUUCAGGCCAUGCAAUUUUACAGUCGUUUGUACCUUUUCAAAAAAAUGAAAUAAAGAAAAUGAGGAUU